AAUCUAUUGCAUCUAAACGCAAUAAUGCCUUUAUUUAGUAAUAAAUUUUCGCCCAAAACAAUCCCAGUGAGGAGACAAGAUACCGCGGUAUUGAAAAAUGAAUUCGGUAGUGAUUUUGCAUCGAGAGAAUUAUCGAUAGACAUUGCACCACUGAAAUUGAAACUGGGUGAAUUUGAACUGUCUUUCGAAGAAGGGCAAUGGAUACCAGCAUCCGGCAGAGCUGGCGCAGCACAUAAAGAGAACAUUCGCCUUAAAAAAGAAUUGGAACACCUUGAAGAAGAAAACAAUAUGCUGCGACUGAAAUUCGAAAUACUACUCGAUAUGAUGACCGAUAAGACUGUAGAAGCAGAACAAGAAGUCCAGCGAGCUCAAAGUAUGGGCUCAUUGAAAACGAAGAGUAAAAAACAGAAGUGGUAAUGCUAAUAAUGGACAGAUCGUAGUGAAAUCUAAGGAGCGUAAAUCAGUAAAGUCAGUCAACUUCUUAAUACUCAUCGAGAUUACCCGGCCGGCCUACUUUUGGCGCAGGCUGGUGGGACCCCGUACGCCUCCACACCGCACAGAGCUCUAUAAGAUAUAUUUCUGAGAGUGU